AUGUAUAUCUUCGUUCAUAUUCACACUCACACGCGUACUUCCAGGGAGGCAAAGCGGUCGUCCCAGCUGCUUGAUCAGUGCAUCUGGACGUACAACUACCAGGCCAAGAAGGAAGGCAAGCGCGAUGAGGAGAGGCAGAGAGCGCAGGAGAAGAAUGAAGCGUUGCGCAGAGAACAGAUGGAGGCUAGACGCUUGGCGGAGGAGAGGGAGCGCGAGGAAAAUGAGCGGUUGGAACAGCAACGGCACGAGUUGAUUAAGAAUGAGUUGGCCACACAAGCCGAAAUUCGGGAGAGGAAAGCCCUCGAAGACGCUCAGCGCCUGGACAAAGCUGCCAAAAAAGGCUCAGGGAAAAAGGGCGGGGAGGGGGAAGAGGCCGGAAGAAGGGGUCCAAGGGAGACCCUGAUGUGGACGGAUUUGUGGUCAAUGAUGAGUUGGAAGAAGGCAUGCAGCGCAUGCCCAAUAGCAGCGACGAGUCAGACGCCAAACACAGCGGCGCAGAAUCUGACGCGAGCGGGGGCAGGCG